UGGUAGUAUUUAAUGUAUUAAUCUGUGUAUUUACUAUUUAUUAAUCUGUGGCCUAAAAAGUAAAAAGAAAAACAUAACCUAGAAAUUUAUCAUAAUUUAAAAAAUACACCUAUCUUAGCAAUUCACUUCAUAUUUCACAACUCAAAAUCCCAUCAAAAUGAAUCAAGCAGACGUAACCAAAUUAGUUUCUAAGUUACGGAUAAAAGUGCCUGAUAAACAUCGUCGUCUAAGAAAUAUAAAAGGGCCUGAGGGCAGGCUAGACAAACUAAGAAAAACUGUAACAGGUUUAAUUAAGUACGAAAGAAUUGAGUUAAAUCAUCAUAGGGCUGAUGAAGCUCGUCAGUAUGCUGAAAGGCUCAUUUCAGAGGCAAUUAUGCAUGGCGACUGUCACAAACCUACAAUGGACAUUGCAGACUACUGGUUGCUAGAAAAAGAAUUAAUACACAAAUUGUUCAAAGUUCUUGCGCCAAGGUUUGAAAAUUGUAAUACAGCUUUCACAAAGAUGUACAAAGCACCAAGGGUAGUACCUGGAAGAAACAUUGAUAAGGCUAUAAUAGAGUUAAGAGGGAAUCCGUAUCCAUCAUUGACAAACAAACAGUGGAACAACAGACAUCUUCUCCAAAAUGUUUUACUAGAUGCAGCAAAAUAUGAAUACAGACAGGCAAAAUAUGCUGAAAUGGCUGAAAAAAUUGGUAAAAAUGAAGAUGCACAGCCAAAAAGUGAUGAUUCAGCCAAUAGUAAACCUGUGGCUAAUGUUUAGUGGAUCAGUAGAUUGAAAGUGUAUUAAAAUUAGAUAAAUAAAGUAAAAUAGCUGUAUGAA